CUUGCAUCUGUCUCGAUUGCAAUAAAAUUGUUAUUUUCGCAAUCAUUUCAAACAAAAUUGUACGAAAAAUACCGGAAAACGUGUGAGAAAUCAAUAAAACAUUUUUACAUUAAUUAAACAGGCAGCGAGUCCUUCAAUUGCAUUUGUUGCCUAGAUAAUUAUUAGAUAAAAAGAACAUAAACAAAAUCAUGACGGUGGUAGCAAGUGGUGGGGAUGUUGUGGGAGGUAACAUGGGUUUGAUAGCCAUGUUAGCAGAUAAGGUGGGCGUAGGAGAGGCCGCUAUACGUUUAUUAUUUACAUUAUUUGCCGGAUACCCCAUAGCAUUUAUUUAUCGCUUCUUAAUACAGCCCCAAUCUUCUAAGCCGGUACAUCAUAUUUUCUUUGCCUUGUGUGGUUUUGGUUUGUGCUUCUUUAACUAUGGCUUCGAUACUUAUCACUCGUUAAUAUCAAUUUGGAUAACAUAUCUGUUGGUGCGUUUGCUACACAACAAUACCCAAUACUUGGUGGCUGUUAAUUUCGUGUUUCACAUGGUCUAUCUCUUAACCGGCUAUUACUUUACCGAAAGCAAUGAUUAUGACAUUUUGUGGACUACCCCACAAUGUGUUUUAACCUUACGCAUGAUUGGCUUUGCUUUUGAUGUGGCUGAUGGUCGUAAGCCCAGGGACAAGUUAUCUAAAGAUCAACAGGAUUGUGCUUUAGAACAAAUACCUUCCUUGUUGGAAUUGUCCGCCUAUGCCUAUUUCCCCAGUUCGUUUUUAAUUGGUCCCCAGUUCCCCUUUAAACGCUAUCAACGUUUCAUCAAUGGUGAAUAUGCUCAAUAUAAGGGUUUCGUUAAGGCUGGCUUAACUCGGCUGCUGGUGGGUUUAAUUUAUUUGGGUAUGCGCCAAGUUGGUGCCAUGAUAUUCCCCGAUAAUUAUUUCUUAACCGAUGCUUAUCGCAAUCAAACUUUCAUAUGGAGAUUGAUCUAUUUGGGCAUAUGGGCAAAAUUCUCUUUGUACAAAUAUAUUUCGUGCUGGCUGCUGACCGAGGGUGGUCUUAUGUCUUUGGGUUUUACUUACAAUGGCAAAGCCGAAGAUGGCAGUGAUGAAUGGAAUGGUUGUUCGAAUGUCAAAUUAUAUCUGCUAGAAACAGGCAAUACCAUGGAACAUUAUGUGAAAUCCUUUAAUGUCAAUACAAAUCAAUGGGUGGCGUCUUAUGUGUACAAACGUUUAAAAUUCUUAAAUAAUCGUACUAUUAGUUAUGCAGCAGCAUUGUCUUUCUUAGCCGUAUGGCAUGGUUUCCAUACUGGUUAUUACAUGUCCUUCUUCAUUGAAUAUAUGAUAGUAACCACCGAAAAACAGAUCGAAGGUGUUUACAACAAAUCGAUGGUAACCAAUUAUGCUUCCCUUGUCAAUACGCUGCCUUUUAAAAUCUUGAAAUUCGUAGCCUUGAAAUCGUACAAUCUAAUUUAUAUGGGCUGGUGUUUGGCACCUUUCAUAUUCCUUAGCUACGAACGCUGGAUUGAGGUCUUUAAGGCGGUCAAUUAUUUCGGUUUUGUCUAUUGUGCCAUAUGGUUUGUUAUCUAUAAAGUAAUGAAAGCCAUGAGUUCGAAAUCACGAUCGAAAGAGGAACGUGUGGCCAGCAAGGCAACCGACUUAUCGCCCACAAUGAAUGAACAACGUACGACAGAUAGCAAGGCUACUGAUCUGUCCCCAACUGUAGUAGAUAACAAAAAAGACAAUUAAUCAAUUAUAAGUAAAGAAAAAGACAAUUUUUGAAUUAAGCAGACAAACAAGAAAUUAAGACCUUGUUAAAUGUUAUUCCCCCCCAAACACAGGCUUAAGACAUUUUGAAAAGCAACCAUAAAACAAAAGGUAACAGGUUCAGUAAAGGCCUCUUAAAGCAGGGAUAAGUAAAUAUUAAUACUUACUACUUGUACAGCUGUAGUGUAGUAUCACAGUAUUUAUAUAUGUAAGAGAGCCUUUGCUAAACUUCAGUUUGUUACAUGUAACUUUAGUUUAUAAACUUUUAAAUAUUCUUUUUUUGCUUUAACUUAAACUAUAUUUUGGUUUAAUUAAUUUUAUUUUAUUAUAUUAAUUUUAAUUUGUUAAUUUUGUUAAAUAGUUAUUCUUUUCCUUCCUUUUUACUGUAAUGUAUUAGUUUUUUUUUUGCUUUUAAGUAUUCUUUUAUUUCCUCUUUUUUAUAUAUAAAUGAUAAUGACUUUCUCCUGGGAAAAAAGUAUGAAUGCAUGAUAAAUACACAACACUACUUUAUCUAGUCAAACGAAAAUAUUUAAAUAUCUUAAUAUUUAAUAAAAACCAACAACAAAAAACAACAACAACAUAUGUAAUUAACUUAAAUAAUAAACAAACUUAAUUAAACUCAUUCUCUUUUAAAAAUUAUUAUAAUACAAAAAUAAAUUAAAAUACUUUAACAAUAUACAUAAAUAAUUAAUUAAUAAUGAAAACAAAAAAACCUAUUAAAAGGUUGAACAGUUUAUAAUACAUAUUUAUAAUAGUGGUAGAUAUUCUGAAUUUAUGUAUAAUUAAAAAUAAUUUCGAACAAUAUUAAUGACAAAUUUAAAAUUUCAAUAUAAUUAAUCAUUAUAGUUGUAUUUAGAACGGCAAUUAUAAAGUGUUUAAAGGGAUCAUUAUUAAUCCCAAAAUAAUUUGAUUUAAUAAUUUUAAUGAGCUGUCAAAAUCGAUUACUCUGAACUUGCAAAUGAGUUUCAAUUAAUUUAAUUGAUUUAUCAAAAAGUUAUCAAUCAUAAAUGAAAAGUUUUUUAAUCAAUUUCAAGUUAAAUUUUAUUGUUAUCAUUUUAAAUAACACAUACGCUACAUCAUCUCCAAUUGUAUUUCAGAAAUGUCUUAUUAUACCCUACACCAAAGAAUAACAAGAAGGGAACUCUAAUUUUUUCUACAACAACAACUUUUCUCACAUACAAGUACUAUAUGAAUUCAACACACUUGUGAGAGGAAAAAACUUCAAACUUUGUUCUUAAAAAUUCUUAUAAAAUUUGUCAUUCUGUUUGUAAUUUCCACAAUAUAAUUUUCCGAUCCUAUAAAGUAUAUAUAUUCUGGAUUCUUAUAGAUAGCGGAGUCGAUUAAGCCAUGUCCGUCUGACUGUCUGUCCGCCUGUCUGUUGAAAUCAACUUUCCGAAGCCCCCAAAUAUAAAACAAAAAAAAUGUUUUAAAAUUUUUUUAAAAAAAAUGAAAAAAACAAUUCGAAAAUUUUUUUUUCCAAAAAAUUAAGUAUAAUUUGGUGAAGGGUAUAUAAGAUUCGCCACAGCCGAAUAUAGCUCUCUUACUUGUUUUUUUUUUUUGAAUUAGCUUUAUUGACAGCGUUUCAAUUCUUGUUAUUCUUUACCCUAUACUAUUAAUUGUAAGGGUAUAUAGUAAGUUUGCCAUUCCGUUUGUAAUUUUUUACACUUUUCAUUUCCUACCCCAUAAAUUAUAUAUAUUCUGGAUCGUUAUAGAUAGCGGAGUCGAUAUAGCCAUGUUGAAAUCAACUUUACUCAGCACCCAAAUAACUUACGUAUAUGAUUGAUACAUCAAUAUAUCCGCUAUAUUCUUGAUGCGGUUAUUAUUCGGGAAAAUCGGUCAACAAAUGUUGAGAUAUAAGAAAAAAAUCACGACUGUCUAUAUUUUAUAUCUAUCAGGCCUGUCACCUGUCACGAAAUCCGAUCGAUUUCGUGUUAGGUUCUUCAGAUUCCGUGUAAUUUAUUAAUUCCAAAAAUAUUUAAUAAUUCUGUAUUUCUGAUUUUAAUUUUACAGUUUUUUAUAUUAAAACAAAAAUGAAAUUUUUGGUGCACAAAUUGAUUAAACGUUUUUGAAAACCAAAUAAUUACAAUCAAAUAUCAAUUCCACUUUGAAAACUGAAAGUGGUUUCAUUCCGAAAGAAAAUUUCGUUUUACUUUUUCUGAAGAAGCAAGGUACGGAAUUAAUUCCGUGACAGGCCUGUAUAAAACAAGUAAGAGUGCUUCAUUCGUAUGUGCUCCUACAUACAUGAAGUAUGGUUAAUUGCACCAUUUCGACUGAUAUGCUCUGAUCAAUUAAGCAAUCUGACAAUUCGUAGUUACUCUUCAAUCAGGAACAGUUUUUACGUCUCAAACUCAUCCCAAUAUUGAUCACUAUUGUCAGGACUCUCUCUAACACGGCCAAACUUUCAUUCUCAGUAUAAGCUGUAAACCCUUCUUGCUUCCAGUAUAAGCUGUAAUAUUAGCAGGUUGAUAAAUGACAACAUUCUAAAUAAAUAUUUAGAAAAAUUUAAUAACUGAAGCUUGAACAUAGCAGUCGCCGAGUUGUUGUUCACUGUCGAAUUCUCCUCUACAAAAUUAAAAACUAUAAUUGAGUCAAGAUUGCUGAUACCAUAAUAUCGCAUCUUAAAAGACGGUACUCGGGGAAUCGAUUACCCGACAAUGGGUUUAAACUAUCAGUGCUUAGCUCUCACUGAGUUGACAUUCGAAACGAAGAUCUAUUUAUCGUGUGUAAAAAUAAACUGCCAUAAGCGAACGGUUUAGACCUAGUAAAUGUCUAAGGAAAGGUCCCAUAGCGUUUGCAAUUUUUAAGGUUUUCGAAAAUGUCAGCCGAUCCAAUGUCUGUAGGAACAUCGUUUGGGUAGAAAAUCAAAGGUUAGUGAGGUUAGUUUGAAUAUGAUAAAUAUUUAAUGGACCUUUAGCAAUCGUACAUUAUUAUAACAAAAUAAUUAACCCUAAUUUAUUACGCGAUAAUAAAAUAAUUCUUAUAUAUAGCUUCAGAGAAAAUAAUAUUUUUUAAUACUUUUUAAUAAAUUUGAUUCCGCAGAAUUUUAUAUUUAAAUAAAAAAACUCUGUCCCAGUAUUAAGUAUUGAGAUUUUGCAGAUUUUUUACACAAUUUCCAGCAAAGAAUAUUUGAAAUAAAUUGUUGAUUUUCAGAUAAAAAUCUAUAGAUCAGGGAGUUACUGCGUAACUCAAUUCGAAUACGAAAAUUUUCGAAAAUGUGUGCUAAAUACAUUGUAAUUCGAAAAGAUUUCCUUUCGAAUCGAAUUGGGGAGUAACCCCCCAGAUUAGUACUGGAACAGAGCAAUUGUGCGACUGCCUGCCAAAAUACCUUUUGAAUUCCAAACAUAGUACAAUUUGUAUGUUUAUUUUUUGAAAUUCAGAAUAUUAUUCCACUAUUUAUUAAACUUAGUUAUAGCUGCUUAAUAUCUCUUCGAAUAAAAUAUUGUGAUCUUGCCUAAGUUAGAGGAACAUGUCUGACUUCAGUGAAAUUAAGUGAUAUUUUCAAAUUGAGAAAAAACAAAUUAUGAAUAAACUAAAAUUAAAAAAAUGAAAAACAGAAAGAAAGAAAAGUAUUCACUUAUACAGGAAAUAGGAAUUUGUGAAGAAGGCAUUAACUUACAAUAAGUUUUAAAUGGAUACAAAAUUUAAGAAGAAUAAAAAUUAAAACCAAAAAAAAAAACAAACAAUUAAGAAAAAUUAUUUGAAAAUAUUAAGUAACCAAAAAUAAAGCACUGCACAUUGUGUUUGAAAUUAUAUUUUUGUAAUAAUAUGGCAAAAGAACGAAUAAAACAAAAAUAUGAAAACAAAAA